AUGGCAGGGCCCUGGCAAGGCACUGCAUGUUUGGAAGACUGUUCAUUGCCAGAACAGCAUGUAAUAAGAAAAGAAGCCCUUCACACUGGAUCACAUCUACGGCGUCGGAUGUCAUCAAGACCAGUGUCAGGUUGCACAGGACGCCAUGGAUAUCGGACCAAAAGGACACGUCAACGACUUGCCAUGGAGACUGUCUCAUGCUCUGCACCUACAACGCCAGGACAGUCUCCACCAACGCCGAUCUUCACGCGCUUCUCGAAGCUGCAGGGCGCUUCAUCUACCACGUAA